AUGUGGAAGACCAAAGAACUGGUGGUGGACUUCUGCAGGUGCAGACAUCCCCCUCCAUCAGUGAGCAUCCAGGGAACACAUACUGAGAGAGUGGACUCUUACAAAUACCUGGGUGUUCACAUGAACAACAAACUGGUCUGGACUGACAAUACUGUGGCUCUGUACAAGAAAGGACGGAGAAGGCUUCACAUACUCAAGAAACUGAGGUCAUUUGGAGUACAGGGGGAACUCCUGAGGACUUUCUAUGACUCAGUGGUGGCAUCAGCCAUUUUCUAUGGAGUGGUCUACUGGGCUGACACAUUCAGCAGCAGACAGGUUUUUGUAUCAGUCUGUCUCACUGUGGGAGGAGGAUACCGCAUCUUUGGCUCUGGAACCAAACUGAGUGUAACAGAUGAGCAGGUAGUGAAGCCCGUGGUGAGCGUGUACCCAGCAGCAUCCAGAGCCCACCUGGAGGGGAGCAGCUCCCUGCUGUGUGUGGCCUCAGCCAUGUUUCCUCCUCUGGUCCAGUUCUCCUGGAAAAGACAGAAGAAGAACGGCGGGCUGGAGGAGCUGCCCCCUGCUGAGGGAGAGCAGCUGGAGCUCAGAGAGCCGGGACACAGAGCCUCCAUCUUACUGAUCCCUCAGAACAGCACAUGGAAACACAGCUGCUCCGUCAAGCACGAGGGGGGCACAGUGGAGGCCCAAACACAAGAAGAGCUUCCAGCUCCAGCAGCCUCCUGUCCUCCAGAGAGAGAGCCAGCAGACCUGCCAGCUCUGCAGCCAGCUGACUGGUCCUUCCAGUCUCAGUGCAGGGUGAAGCUGCUCUGCCUGCUGUCCACAGUGCUGAUAGUGAAGAGUCUGGUGUACUGCUGUGGACUCUCUCUGCUGAUGAUCCUCAGAAACAAGGGAGCGUCCACCAACUGCACACAUGCUGACUGACUGUUUUCUGCUCGCCUUUUCUCACCAUCAAAUCUCAUCCAUUCAUCUCAUUCAUCACUUUGAUCACCAUUCACACAUCUGAGUUAUGAUGUGUUGUGCUUAUUGUUGCUUUGAUUCCAUAGUUAGAAGAUCAUCUGAAAUCAAUCAUCUUUACAUGUAUUGUUGCUCUGAGUUAGAAUUCUUUUUGGACUUAUUGUGACUUUUAUUGUAGGAACAAAAAUCAUCAGGUAUCAGCCAUAUUUUUAUCAUCAGUUUCUCUUUGAUUUGAGCAGAAAAGUUCCUUCAAAGUCCAACAUACAGCAA